UUUUGCCAGUGGUGGGCCGGCGAAUGAAGCUGAAACUCACCCCACAUUAUCUCUAUCUCUCUCUCUCUCUCUCUCUCUCUCUCUCUCUCUCUCUCCCUAUGAGCUUCUUCGUGGUCUCCUUCUGAUCCCCACCAAAAAGAUAUGGGUGGAAACAGAGACCGCCAUGGCCGCCGCCGCCGCCGCCGCCUCCUCUCCCUCUUCCCGUUGAUCUUGUGCCUGCUGUCGCGUCCGUCUGAGGCCGGCGCGCCGGGCGGAGAAGGCGGGGGGACGCCCGUUGUCAUCGGGUACGGAUACGCGGUCGGAUCGGAGACCAUUGACCCGUCGGGAACGACGUUGACCGCCGAGCUCCGCCUCAUCAACAGGACCGCCGUCUAUGGGCCCGACGUCGAGCAUCUCCGCCUUGUUGCCAGCUUCGAAGCGGGCGGUCGUCUUCGAGUCCGAAUCGCAGACGCCGACCACCGGCGAUGGGAAGUCCCCGACGACCUCAUCCCUCGCCGAUCUCCCUCCCCUCACCGCCGCACUCUCCCCCAGAAAACCCUAGCUCCGCCGCCGCCGCCUUGCCGCUCCCAAUGCCGCCUCUCCGCCGUCGCAUCCUCCGACCUCGUCUUCGACCUCCGCAACACCACCCCCUUCUCCUUCGCCGUCUCCCGCCGCUCCUCCGGCGACGUCCUCUUCGACACCUCAGCCUCCGAUCCCUCGGCCUUCCUCGUCUUCAAGGACCAGUACCUCCAGCUCUCCUCCUCCCUCCCUCCCGGCCGCUCCUCCCUCUACGGGAUCGGAGAGCACACGAAGCCGUCGCUCCGGCUCCUGCCCAACCAAACCCUUACUCUCUGGAACGCCGACAUCGCCAGCGCGAACCUCGAUGUCAACCUGUACGGGUCGCAUCCGUUUUACAUGGACGUCAGGUCGUCCGUGGGCGGCCGCGGCCGCCGUGGCGGAGGAGUUGGGGCGGGCACGAGCCACGGCGUUCUGUUGCUGAACAGCAAUGGCAUGGACGUGGUGUACACUGGCGAUAGGAUCACUUACAAGGUGAUCGGUGGUGUGUUGGAUUUGUAUUUCUUCCCCGGGCCGUCGCCGGAGGCAGUCAUGGAGCAGUACACCGAGCUCAUUGGCCGGCCGACCCCAAUGCCAUACUGGUCCUUCGGAUUUCAUCAAUGCCGGUAUGGUUACAAGAAUGUCGCAGACUUAGAGGGCGUGGUAGCUGGUUAUGCAAAAGCUGAUAUACCAUUGGAAGUUAUGUGGACCGACAUCGAUUACAUGGAUGCAUAUAAAGACUUCACUCUUGACCCUAUCAAUUUUCCAGUGGAAAAGAUGAAAGAAUUUGUCAGCAGCCUUCACAAGGACCGUAAAAAAUAUGUCCUGAUACUUGAUCCAGGCAUUAGUGUGAACGAGACAUAUGGGACCUACAUCAGGGGGAUGCAAGCAGACAUCUUCAUUAAACAUGAGGGAGUCCCAUACUUAGGUGAUGUUUGGCCAGGGCCAGUGUACUUCCCUGACUUCCUUCACCCAUCCAGUGAGAGUUACUGGGGUGGUGAGAUAAAGAGGUUUCAUGAUGUUCUUCCUUUUGAUGGCCUGUGGCUCGACAUGAAUGAGCUGUCCAACUUCAUAACUUCUCCGCCUCUUCCUUCCAUUCUUGACAAUCCCCCCUACAAAAUCAACAAUUUAGGAGUUCAUCGGCCAAUCAACAACAAUACUACUCCUGCGACAUCAUAUCAUUUUGGCAAUAUUUCAGAUUACGAUGCUCAUAACCUUUAUGGACUCCUGGAAGCCAGAGCAACAAACAAGGCCUUAGUCAAUGUUACUGGUAAAAGGCCAUUCAUUCUCUCGAGAUCAACUUUUGUGAGCUCUGGCAAGCACACUGCACACUGGACUGGGGACAAUGCCGCGACGUGGGAUGACUUGGCUUACUCAAUUCCUGCAAUUUUAAAUUCUGGGCUUUCUGGAAUUCCAAUGGUAGGAGCUGAUAUAUGUGGUUUCUCUCGAGACACAACUGAAGAGCUCUGCAACCGAUGGAUUCAGCUUGGAGCCUUUUAUCCCUUUGCAAGAGACCACUCUGAAAAGAACUCUAUUCGUCAAGAGCUCUUUCUUUGGAAAUCAGUCGCCACUUCCGCCAAGAAGGUGCUCGGGCUUCGUUAUCGCUUGCUCCCAUAUUUCUAUACCUUGAUGUAUGAGGCAAAUAGGAAGGGGCUGCCCAUUGCCCGACCCCUAUUUUUCUCAUUCCCUGAGGAUACGAUGACUUACAAUAUCAAUUCCCAAUUCUUAAUUGGUAAGGGUAUGAUGGUGACUCCUGUACUAAAAUCAGGUGCCCAAACCGUGGAUGCUUAUUUUCCGAGUGGAAAUUGGUUUGAUCUCUUCAAUUACUCAAAUUCAGUGAGUACAGCUUCAGGAAUGAAUGUGAUGCUCAAUGCGCCGCCUGAUCAUCCUCAUCUUCAUGUAAGGGAAGGUAAUAUAUUGGCCAUGCAAGGAGAGGCCAUGACUACGGAAGCAGCUCGGAGAACACCAUUCAAGCUGUUAGUUGUGGUUGACAGCCAUGGGAAUAGCACAGGACAAGUGUUCUUGGACGAUGGAGAGGAUGUCGAAAUGGGAGGGGAAGGAACUAAGUGGACUCUGGUGAAGUUUUAUUGUGAGAAAACAGGGAAUGGUGUUGUUGUCAGAUCAGAAGUUGUUAAUGGGGAAUUUGCUCUGAUUGAGAAGUGGGUAAUUGAUAAGGUGACAAUUAUAGGAUUGAGAAAAGGAACUAGAAUGACGAGAUUGAGAGGGCAUGGAUUAUCCAAUGAUGUAGAAGCAACAUCCGGACAGAGAACGAUGAAAACAAUGGGAAAAUCGAGUGAUGGUGGAAAGUUUGCGAUUGCUGAAGUCUCAGGAUUGUCACUUCAACUGGGGAAGACAUUCAAGUUGGAAGUGAAAGUGCGCCAAUCCUAAGAGCGUUAUCAGAAGAAAUUGGUCAGGGUGUAAUAAAGAACGAAAGCAUUUCUCCAAUAAGUUUGUGUGUUUCCAAAAUGAAAAGGCACACAGGUAUCAAGCCACGUCUUUUCCAUCACUAGCUCUUUCUUUUUUCCCUAUUUUUAUGGGAGGGUGCAGCUUCUGAACUGGCUAAGAUCUCUGAAUAAAAUUUCUUCUUAUGUUUUGUCAAGAGAGAAUGAAACAAAUGGUCUUAAGUUUUGA